AUGUCCAGCCCCGCCGCCCUCUGCCCCGGCCGCGCGCCUGCCAGCCAGCAGGCCUCUUUGCGCCCCUCUCUGCUCAAACUUCGCGAGCAGAAGGAGCGCUUGGUGCGCAAGGACCCGGCCCACCUGUUCUCCAACUUCAACAACUGCAACAUGACGAUCAAGGACAAGAUGGUGCACGUGCCCUGCGUCACGCGCGUGCAGCUGGUGUGGCGGGCGGAGAUGGCGGCAGAUUUCCCCGACCUGGCAGUUGUGGCGGACAAGACCCUGGGUGUGCACCCCACCGGCACCGGCGUUGAGCGCUUCUGGGCCUGCCAGCGCCACCUUUUGUCCGACAACCGCCUCAGCAUGAACCCUGAGACCGCCAAGAAGCUGCUGUUUGCCUCCUCAGCACUGCGCAUGCGCCGCAAGGAGGCCAGCGAGUGCACCAACGACGGCGACGUGCUGCUGCAGGACCUGAUCGACGAGGAGAUCAAGAACGCGAUGCAGGCAGCGGCAGCCAUGGCCGCAGCUGAGGCCGGCACGCUGAGCUGA